AUGUCUAAUCCUCUGAUCUUCUUCACGCAGCUCCUAAUCGCUCAGGCUGCUUUGGCCUGUCCGUUGUCGCGCCAGCAUAACCCAGCGGACCGCUCCGUCACUGUGCCACUAUCAAGUUUGAAGACUACUCAAGGAUACGUCAGCGGCAUCACCUUCCUCGCCGACAACGAGGACGACGGCAGAAACAAGCGCCUCGUCUUUGACGAAAGCACAAGAUCGGCAUCGACAUCAACCGUGGCCUACGAAGCUACAAAAGGGCUGUCUGAACGGUUCGCCAUCAGAGGGCAAGGCAGCACUCAUGUGUGCACUAUGUCUAAUCCUCUGAUCUUCUUCACGCAGCUCCUAAUCGCUCAGGCUGCUUUGGCCUGUCCGUUGUCGCGCCAGCAUGACCCAGCGGACCGCUCCGUCACUGUGCCACUAUCAAGUUUGAAGACUACUCAAGGAUACGUCAGCGGCAUCACCUUCCUCGCCGACAACGAGGACGACGGCAGAAACAAGCGCCUCGUCUUUGACGAAAGCACAAGAUCGGCAUCGACAUCAACCGUGGCCUACGAAGCUACAAAAGGGCUGUCUGAACGGUUCGCCAUCAGAGGGCAAGGCAGCACUCAUGUGUGCACUAUGUCUAAUCCUCUGAUCUUCUUCACGCAGGUGAGUAAUUGUCACUCAUUGCAUUGUAAACGAUCAAGCAAUACUUUCCUUUUCCUGCUGCCUUGCCCCCGGAUGUGCUUAACCUUAUUUAUUGAGUGCAUUUGUGUCACUCGUGAUUUAUUGUUAAGCGGUGACAUUGAAUCGAAUCCGGGACCUGAUGACUGCCAAGGGGGUGGUAACCCUACAAUGGAAGAGAUGGUGAAGGCGAUUCUGGACACACAAAACGUGAUUAUGAGAGAUCUAAGUCAAAUAAAAAAUAACCAAAAGCAAUUUGAACACAAAUUUGAAGGUCUAACAAAAAAAGUAAAUCAAAUUGAAGCAACAGUUCAAGAAAUGAAAGAACAAAAAGUUCAAAUCAUAAGCAUUGAAAAACAUGUUAAGGCAAUCGAUGAGGACUUGAAGGAAUGCCAAAAAAAAAUCGUCGACUUAGAAGAUCGGAACCGCCGUAACAACCUCAUGGUUUUCGGACUUCCAGAGGCUCAAGGGGAAACAAAUGACUCAUUGCGGUCGAAAGUACUUGGUGAUGUGUUUGAAGAAAAACUUGGAAUUCAUGUUAAUACAGUCGAGCGUGUACAUCGCGUGGGGCGAAAAACAAGCAAAAACCGCCCAGUUGUAGUUAAAUUUCUUGACUACGCAGAAAAGGAAAACGUGCUAAAAAAGCGAAGGUGUUUGAAAGGGACUAAAAUAACGUUAGAACACGAUUAUUCUUGGCAGACUAUUCAAAAGCGCAAACAGUUGUGGGAAACCAGUAAACCCAAUCGCGAUAACGGGGAAACUGUCUUCUUGAUUCACGAUAAAAUUAAGAUAGGAGGCCAAGUUUUCGAAUGGGAUGAUAAUGUGGGGCAAAUAUGCAAAGAAAGAAAUCGACCAACUCGACAAAAAAGUGUAAAAUGACGUCAAGCACACUCCGGGAAACCCCAUCGAAAGACAUUUCGACUUCUUUCCUUCAAUGCGCAAAGUAUUGUGAAUAAAGUAGAUGAUUUGGAAACAAUCUUGCUAACUCAUGACCCCCACGUGAUCGUCAUCACGGAAACAUGGCUUCACAGUGGUAUUGGUGAUAAUGAAGUUAUUCCGCCUUGUUACAGAAUGAUUAGGAAAGACCGAGGG